AUGGGAAAGGAUAAAGACGUGAGAAUAUCGAAAUGGUACUUCGGAGGCUUGGCUUCGGCUGGAGCGGCAUGUGUUACGCAUCCACUUGACUUAUUAAAAGUCCAAAUGCAAACACAAAAAGGAAAAAACAUCUCUAUGUUGAAACUUACAGGCAUAGUUUUAAAAAAUCAAGGUGUAAUGGGACUUUACAACGGUAUAUCUGCAUCCCUUUUACGUCAGCUUACAUAUUCAACAGCAAGAUUUGGUAUUUAUGAAGUAGCAAAACAAAGUUUGGCACCUAAAGAUGGCAGCCCAGUGCCAUUUUACAUGUCUGCAUUAUUAGCUGGUCUUGGAGGCUUUGCAGGUGGUUUUGUAGGAAAUCCUGCUGACCUAGUCAAUGUAAGAAUGCAAAAUGAUGUGAAGCUUCCACCAGAACAGAGACGGAAUUAUAAAAAUGCUAUUCACGGUUUAUAUCGUGUUGCUACUCAAGAGGGUGUUCUUCGGCUGUGGGCUGGUGCUUCAAUGACAUGUAGCCGAGCUGCUCUUAUGACUAUUGGCCAACUGUCAUUCUAUGACCUGAUAAAAAGCCUCCUUACAACAACACCAUACUUUGGAGAUAAUGUCGCAACUCAUGUCACAUCAAGUUUGUUGGCUGGUGCUAUAGCAACAACAAUGACCCAGCCAGUUGAUGUCCUUAAAACAAGAGCCAUGAAUGCUAAACCAGGGGAAAUCAAAGGUAUAUUAAGUUUGAUAAUGAACACAGGCAAAGAAGGUCCUCUCGCAUUCUUCAAAGGCUAUAUCCCAGCCUUUGUAAGACUCGCACCACACACUAUUCUUACAUUUGUAUUCUUAGAACAGCUUAGAAUGAACUUUGGGACUAUUAAGGUACAAUCAACAGAAUAA